AUGGAUGAAGAACUUAAUGACCUAUUUAAAGAGUUAGAAAGAGUACAAAACCAAGAAAUAAAUAAAAAUAUAAUAAAUGAGAGAACAUGCAUUGAGAUUUUAUACAAGUUGAUAAAGAAGAAAGGCUUGAAUUUAAUAACUAGCUUGGAUGGGGAAACUUUUUACACACAUAAAUAUUUGUAUGACGAGAUUCAUAAUUUAUUGGAGAAACAAGGAAGAAUUUCAAUUAAUGAUAUUUCUAAGACUAUGAAAAUUUCUGUGGAAAUAAUACUCAAACUAACAAAAGGUAUGGAAAAUGAUAAUAACUAUAUUUUCUACAAGAAUGAUAUAAUGACUAGAAAAUAUAUUGAUGAUAUUUUUUAUAAUUUAAAUCAAGAAUUACAGGACUUACAUAUAAUGGGACUAAUGAAAUUUUCACAAAAAACCGAUCUUUCUAUUGAUUUUAUUAAAGAAGAAAUUAAAAAAAGAACUAAUAUUAAAGAUUCUGAGAUUAAAGGUACAAUAGUUUUUGAAUCAAACAAUAAUCCUUUGAUCAUUUCGGACACAUAUUACAGAAUUAUUGAAUAUAUUAUCAAAGGUACACUUUUGGUAGCUAAAAAACCUUUAUAUCUAGAUCAAAUUAUAGAUAUUAAGAUUCAAAAUAUCUCAGUAAUAAUACAAACAACCAAAAAUUUGAUUGAAAAGAACUGGAUUAAAGGAUUUAUUUAUGAAAAUAAAACUUAUAUUCCUGAGAUUUUUAUUCAAGAAGAAAUAUUUAAUUUAAUAAAUUACUUUAAUAAUAACGGAUUUUUAGAAAUUGAAAAAAUCAAAGUUAUUUUGAGAUAUUCUGAAAAAAAUUUGGAUAUUAAAAACCAAAAAAUUAUUGAAUGGUCUAAAUCUCACCUGAAUGAUAAUAUUAUUAUUUUUGACGAUUUGUUUAUUAUAAAUGCUCAUAAAUUAGAAAUCAUAAGGGAUAAUAUUUUGAAUUCAUGUUUCGAGCUAAAUCCUGGAUAUAUUUACAUUAAUCACCUUCUUCCAUAUAUUUUAACUAGUGAUAUUAAUAAAAAUUGCCAUUUUGAUAUUAUUAAACUAAUAAACAAAUUAAGAAAUAACCCGAUUGAGAUUCAAACAAAUAACUGGCUCUUUGUCAUUUUUGAUAGGCCUGACUCAUUCUAUAUUUCAAAUCUUGAUUACUCUUUUCUUAAACUUCGCCUUGAGUUUGAACCUAAAAACAGUAAUAAUUACUUUGAAGAUAUACAAGAUCUAUCAAACAAAUGUUUUAAAUUUGAUUCAAAUACUAACAUUUUUAAUAAUAACUAUCCCAACACACUUUUAUUCAUAACUAAUUUUAACUUGGUUAUCAAUUCAAGAAUCAUUUCCCAAUUCCAAAAUUUUAUUUUUAAUAAACUAGAAAAUAUUAUAAACACUAUGUUUUUCCCUUCCUUUCAACUUCUUCCUAUUCCAAUCUCUGAAUUCAAGUCCAAUAAAUCAAAAAAUGAAGUAGAAACUAUCAAGUAUGUUUACAAUUUUAUUAAUGAAUUAGUUUUCAAAAACAACAUCAAAAAUCUCUUUUUUUCUGAGUUCAAGCAAGAAUGGGACGAAAUUAUUAAUGAUAACCCAAAAAAUACGGAAACUUUCUCAUUAUCAAAUGCUUCUAAUGACAUUCAAACUAUUGAAACUAAUUUUCAAGAUUUAUUCUGGCAUCUAAUUAUUUGCUCAAUCGCACCUUUCAUUGUACAUAUCUAUAAUGAACGCAUGAAAUUUAUUUAUGAUCCCUCUAAUAUUUCGAGAACUUUCCACAUUGAAGACGAUUAG